AUGUGCACCGGCCAACCCGUCCUCUACCACCACGUAGCCCCCUGCACCCGCGCCCCCUCCUACUCAAUAAGCUACACCUACUGCCCCUACGCCGUCCGCGACCCGGCCACCCUGCGCAUCGUGGCCACCUGCCCCGACGUCAUCCACAUUCCUUCGUCCUCGCCCGUCGGCACCGCGCCCUGGCCGCCCGGCUGCCUCAUCGUCUCCCCGGAGUGCUCCUCGGGCCUCUGCCGCCUCGAGGACCUCGACGGCGCCUGGGUGUGCUGCCGAUGCCGGCGGAGCGGGAACACCCACGUGUACUGCCUGCAGCCCAAGAGGGGCAGCCCGGAUACGUUUUGCUACCAUCGGGGGUGUACUAGGGCUUUCAUUUCUUGA